ANGUUUCAAGCUGAUGAAGCAGCCACUGAUUAUGUCGAACAAAUAUCCAGUUACUUCAAGACCGGUGAAGUUCCUAUUUUCGACAUGUUAUUAUUAGGAAUGGGGCCAGACGGCCAUACCUGUUCUCUCUUUCCUGGUCACAAACUCCUAACUGAAGAACACAAAUGGGUGGCUUCUAUAACAGAUUCGCCUAAGCCACCCCCAUGCAGGAUCACACUAACCUACCCUGUUAUCAAUAAUGCUAGGUUCUGUAUUUUUGCUGCAGCAGGUGCAGGAAAGGCAGCUAUGAUAAAGAGAAUAUUAGUAGAUAAGGAGGAUCUUCCGGCAGCCAGAGUGAAACCAACAACUGGAAAAUUAUACUGGAUAGUGGACAAAGAAGCAGGAUUAUAUGUGAACAAAAUAUGAACAGAUAGUCUUAACAUUUUAAUCAGGGGAAUUUUUUUAUAAAUACAUAUACAGUAUAAUAAAUACCAUAUUUAUUAAAAUAUUAAGUACAUCACA